AUGGACAAUAGAAUCACAAUAUGUGAUCCAGAUGAAGAAGAAAUUAAUAAUGAAAUAUUCCGAGAUAUCGAACCAGUCACGUGGAUCAACGAUGAUCCGACCUAUGAUUUGGAUGAGAUCAACAUGUUCUUCCAUAGGGUGGAUUCAGAUCAGAUUAUAUAUGAAGAAAAAAAGAAGAAAUGUAAAUUUAUCGGUAAAUAUGUUAUGGGUGAUGUUCUUGGUGAAGGUAGUUACGGAAAGGUGAAAGAAGUGCUGGACUCAGAGACACUUUGUCGAAGAGCCGUGAAAAUCUUAAAAAGGAAGAAACUUCGUAGAAUCCCAAAUGGAGAGCUUAACGUUCAACGGGAGAUAAGACUAUUAAGGAUAUUAAAACAUAAGAAUGUAAUUAACCUUGUAGAUGUUUUAUAUAAUGAUGAAAAGGAGAAGAUGUACCUAGUUAUGGAAUUUUGUGUAUGUGGAUUACAGGAUAUGUUGGGAAGUACACCUCUCAAGAAGCUUCCAAUUUGGCAAGCACAUGACUAUUUCUGUCAGUUAUUGGAUGGUUUAGAAUACCUCUACAGUAAAGGGAUAGUACAUAAAGAUAUAAAACCAGGGAAUUUAUUAUUAGCUUUAGAUGGUACCUUGAAGAUUAGUGAUUUUGGAGUUGCAGAGGCAUUAGACAUGUUUUCUGAAGAUGAUACAUGUAAAAUGGGACAAGGUUCACCAGCAUUUCAGCCUCCUGAAAUUGCAAAUGGCUGUGAAACAUUUUCUGGUUUUAAAGUAGACAUAUGGAGCAGUGGAGUUACAUUAUACAAUAUAACUACAGGUCAAUAUCCUUUUCAAGGCGAUAAUAUUUAUAAAUUAUAUGAAAAUAUUGGAAAAGGUGAAUACUCUAUACCUGAAGAAGUCGAAGAACCUUUAAAAUCUCUUAUACAAGGAAUGUUACAAAAAGAUGCAGAUAAAAGAUUUACUUUGCAACAAGUUAAAAAACAUCCAUGGACUAUAUGCAGGCAUCCUAAAACACAAGAAGAAGUACCCAUACCUCCUCUUAAAGGGCAUAAAUGGCAUAGUAUGACCGUACUACCGUACCUGAUGGAGUAUCAUUACGGAAGUGACGACAAUCCUAUGUAUUAUACUGAACAUCAACUAAAUGAAGAAAAACGGCUUCAAGAAAUGGACAAAAUUAGUGAAGACCAAAAAACUACUUGGAAUAGUAACAAUAACAAACAAAAUUCACAUCAGAGUAAACGGAGAUGGCGCAAACCAAUUUCAUGUAUUAAUGUUAAGAAAUUUCCAUCUUGUAAGCCAUCGUGAUUUAACUUGUUGUCAUACUUAUUUUUUAUCAUACAUUUUACUGACUAUGUCAGAUAUAAAGUUUCUCUGCAACGGAGAUGACUGAAAAUUUAAUAAAUAUUAAAAUAUGCUAGAAUAACUAUCUAGCUACAGCUCGAAUUGAGUAUAAAUUUAAAUUAAUUCAAAAACAUUAAAUGUAAACAUUUGUGAUAUUAAUAUUAAAUAGUCGUAGUAGAUAAUUCAUUA